AUGCAGGGGACCUGGAUGGUGCUGUUGGCACUGGUAUUGGCCACCUGCGGGGAGCUUGCUAUGGCCUUACAGUGCUAUACGUGUCAGGAUCCUGUGAGUGUGUCCAACUGUGUCGCCAUCACCACCUGCCACAUCAAUGAUACCAUGUGCAAGACCACGCUCUAUUCCCGGGAGAUUGUGUUUCCCUUCUUGGGGGACUCCACGGUGACCAAGUCCUGUGCCAGCAAGUGUGAGCCCUCAGACGUGGAUGGCAUUGGGUUAACUCGGCCAGUGUCCUGCUGCAAUUCUGACCUAUGCAACAUGGAUGGAGCACCCAAUCUGGGCAGUCCUGGGGGCCUGGUCCUUGCCCCAGCACUUAUCUUUAUCUUGGAACACCUGCUGUAA